AUGGACAAAUGCCACAAUAUCAAUUUCAACAGCAACAACAAAUGCGAGACCAAAGUCAACACCAGCACAUGCAGCAACAACAAUAUGAACAAGAGCAAUAUCAAAAAAAUAGAUGGUUACAAGAGCAGUGGCUACAGCAGCAACUACAACAAGAACAAUAUGAUGAUGAACAACUUCAACAAGAAAGGAUGCAACAUGAACAAUGGCAAGAGGAACAACUGUCUAAAGAAAGAAUGCGACAGGAACGAUGGUUACAAGAACAGUUGCUGGAAGAACAACAUGAACAGGAGCAAUGUGGUCAAGAACGAAUACAAAGGAGUCAUGAGAAAGGAAUAG